AUGCGCUUAAUAAUUACCCUCAGUCUCUCUCUGGCUGUCAAUGCCUUCAAAGUCCAGAGCGAUAUGUACAUCGGCAGCCUAAAUUUUACAUCGAGUUGUACCAAAGCCUUGCAAACCGAUCUCGAAUGCUACGACUAUACACGGUCAUUGGGGAAGUCUACAUACCAAGGAUGGGUUGGAAGUAACAGAUUGGCCGACGCUAUGUGUACCGCUACCUGCUCCACGUCCCUCCGAAAUUGGAACGAGACAGUGGCCCAAGAAUGCGCCGAAGAUGGAACUGAAGAUAAUCUCUCGCUGCAAACAUUGAUCACAGAGGCCAAUGACAUGGAACUAAUGUGGAACGCAACCUGUAUCAAGGAUACAAAGUCUGGUCGUUAUUGCUUGGACAUUAUGGAUGAAUUACACGACUGGGAUGCAAAAUUGAAGCCAUUUCCAGAACCAUGCCAUCCCUGUUACGGUAUGGUCAUUACUGCUCUUCUGAAUUCUUCUACAGAAGCUCAUCUGUGGUCAUUGGAUGAUGAUUAUUGGAAGGAUCAGCUCAAGCUUGUCCAUGAGAAUUGCAGUAGUCGCGGAGAGAUUCAAGGUGACUUUGAAGCACAGAAGGUGUUCAAUGCUUCAUACGGCAACAACAGAACAGUGGAACCGGAACCGAACAAUGGGAUGGCGUUUGGAGGAAAUCGAAUCGGUGGACCUUGGAUUGCAGCACUGGUCUAUGGUUUGGGUAUACUCGUGCUGUAG